GAUAAAAUUUCCCUCAUACCACUCCGUUUAGUUUCAUCGAAGCUGAUUGUCAUAUCGAACACUACAAUACCACAAAAUGUCAGCUUCUGAGGAUCCAGAUACGCAAACGCCGCCUAGAGACGAGACCGAAUUAUGCAGCCGCCCAACGCAUCGUUUGCAAGAGAUUAAAGUCGGAGAUAACAGCGUCCAGCUCUUGGUAUCAACAAAAGACCACCUCUAUGACGCUAAAGACGUUGGAGCUGGAGUCAACUCUUAUCAAGUUAUUGGUUCUUGGGAAGACAGCUCAGUCCAGGAACUUACCAAGAUCUUGAACCAACGCCAAGCCAUUACAAAUCGGCAGUCACCCGCAUACGCUGAAGCAUCUCGCUUUGAGAAACAUGGGGCAGGAAAGUCUCUGGCAGAGGCUGGUCGAGAGCAACACCAUAGGGCUGUGGACAGGCCGCAGAGGAGCGAAUAGAACUAUCUUGUUGAUUGCGUAUACCCUCCACUUACGCAUCCCUCGUCUACCGUGCCUUCAUUGCGUACAUAUUGCCGCUGGUUCUGGGAUCUCAGCACAUCGUUGAGACUACCCUCUGAAACAGACCCAAAGAAUUGAAUGGAUCCAUGACCGGCCCUAGCUCCCUUGAUGUUAAAUAGGUCCCCUAGUGUAGACACGCAUAUUUGCUUUCCAUCGUUCCCGACGCUGAUAUCUUCAACCACGUGGACCCGUCCUGAGGAUGCCCAUUGCGAUGCCCGAUCACAGACACUUAAGCACUGUUUCGUGCUUUCCAACUCAUUUUGAAGUGUCUCGCGAUUCGCACCAGGAUCGAUUUUCUGAUUCAAAUCUUGUACCAAGGACCUAAGCCUGAGGUUCUCUUCGGUAUUAUCACGGUGCGACUCGAGGCGGUCGAUGGUGUCCGAGAGGUUGUAGCUGCAUGUCUUGAGCGUGGAAAUAGUGAGGGAAUCAGCAAGUGUCAUGUUGCCAGCUGAGAUAGACAUGACAGCAGUAUUCGAGGCAGACCCAGUAAAAACGGGUUGAAAACUCAUCCCAUUGAUUUCUUCAAGGAGAUGUUUCAAAUACUCAAGGCAUCGUUCUGUACUUUCUUUUUCGUUUUCGAAUUUCCGGAGAUUGGCCUGGCCUCCAGCAGCUUCGGUCGUGGCGCCUUGAGAUACUAUGUCUUGCAAUUUGGAGUCGAUGUCUUUCAGAUGCUUCUCCAGAUCAAGCUUAGUGUCGCAAAUCAAGUUUUUGUAAUCGUUCAAAACUUGAAGGGUAACCUUGGAGGAGCGCCUAGAAGCAAGUUAGCGAAACCUUUUCUCUUGGGGCGAGCAACUAACAAGUUGGCGUCAGCUAGCGCUAUAGUUAUCGUCCCUUUGUAACCGGCUAAGAGUUCUUUGAAAGAAACAAUAUCGCCAUUCAUGUAGAUUAACUUGGCCCAAUCUCUCAAGCUUGUUCUUGUCUCUG